CACUUGGAUUAAUACCCCUCUCUCAUCGCGGCGGCCACACCGAUGGAAAUAAUGACGUAGUCAAUGGAGAGGCAUAGUAAAACGGCAGGGUUUUAAGUAAAGUUAAACUCUAGGCAUUUAUAUCACUAGUAAUCACCGACGAAUGGCUGUUUAAUUGACCUGUGAGUGUACAAGGUGAUUGAUUUUUCGGGACUUUGCAUUCACUGCAUACCAGGAGAUACAUUUGUUGGCAGUUUUAUGAUCAGGUAAUUUAACAGCCGGAAAAUGUCAGACUUCGGGCCAAUAACUCUGAAAUGGGACCCAAAGAAUUUGGAGAUUCGUACUAUGUCAGUAGAAAAAACUCUGGAACCCUUAGUUUUGCAAGUAACGACUCUGGUGAAUACUAAGGGCCCAAGUAAGAAGAAAAAAGGGAAGUCCAAACGAGCCAGUGCUUUAGUAGGCACUGUUGAGAAAGCCACGGCGAAUUUCAUAGAAAAGGGUGAACAAAUUGCAUAUGAAAAUCCUGAUAUAACGGCUGAGAUGCUGUGUGCAGUUGAAGAGGUAAAGAAGACUGGUGCAGCGAUGAGUAUUGCAGCUCGAGAAUUCUCAGAGGACCCCUGCUCCUCAUUGAAGCGUGGAAAUAUGGUAAGGGCAGCUAGAAAUUUGUUGUCCGCUGUCACUCGUCUACUGAUUCUCGCCGAUAUGGUGGACGUUCAUCUGCUCUUGAAGUCUCUUCACAUCGUUGAGGAUGACCUGAAAAAGCUGAAGAAUGCGUCAUCUCAAGGGGAGCUCCUAGAGAACAUUAAGCAAUUUGGAAGAAAUGCUUCAGAGCUGAUGAAUCAGGCAGCUAAGCGUCAGCAGGAACUAAAGGAUCCUCAGCUUCGUGAUGAUCUUGCAGCUGCUCGUGCUGUUCUAAAGAAGCACUCGACAAUGUUGCUGACAGCAUCUAAAGUGUACGUUCGGCAUCCAGAGUUGGCAGCAGCCAAAGCGAAUCGCGAUUACGUUCUAAAGCAAGUUUGCGAGGCAGUCAACACGAUUAACGAUGUUGCUCAGGGUAAAGUGCCAGCUGAUGGACAACAUCCUUACGAUGGACCUGGGGAACUUGCCGCUGCCCUUGAUGAUUUCGAUGAGCGCAUGGUCAUGUCACCGCUGGCUUACAACGAGGUCCGAACUAGACCUAGUCUUGAGGAACGUCUCGAGAGCAUUAUCAGUGGAGCUGCACUCAUGGCUGAUUCAUCCUGCACACGGGAUGAACGACGGGAACGCAUUGUUGCUGAAUGCAAUGCUGUCAGGCAGGCUCUCCAGGAUCUUCUUAGCGAAUAUAUGAAUAAUAUGGGUGUAAAAGAGCAGUCGGAGGGUCUUGAGCGUGCCAUUGAUCAUAUGUGUAAGAAAACCAGCGAUCUUCGCCGUCAGCUGCGUAAAGCAGUGGUGGAUCAUGUCUCCGACAGUUUUUUGGAAACUUCAGUUCCCCUUCUGAUCCUUAUAAAAGCCGCUGAAAAGGGCAACGAUGAGGAGGUUGAAGAAUAUGCUCUAGUCUUUACAGAGCAUGCCAAUAAGCUUGUGGAGGUGGCAAACCUAGUCUGCAGCAUGUCAGCCAACGAGGAUGGGGUAAAGAUGGUACGGUACGCUGCGGCUCAGAUAGAGAAUUUGUGCCCGCAGGUGAUUAAUGCAGCGCGAGUUCUUGCCGUACGUCCUCGAUCGCAACUUGCAAUGGAGAACAUGCAAGUAUUCCGUCAAGCUUGGGAGAAUCAGGUUCGGGUUUUGACAGAGGCAGUGGACGACAUUACAACUAUAGAUGAUUUUCUGGGUGUCUCAGAAAAUCAUAUUCUCGAGGAUGUAAACAAAUGCGUUAUGGCGCUUCAGGAAGGGGAUGCUGAUACUCUUGAUCGGACAGCUGGUGCAAUUCGCGGACGUUCAUCAAGAGUUUGUAAUGUUGUACAAGCGGAAAUGGAUAAUUAUGAGCCAUGCAUUUACACGAAGCGUGUACUUGAGGCUGUCAAAGUACUUCGUGAACAAGUUAUGCCCAAGUUUGCGCAAAGGGUUAAAGUAGCUGUGGACGCACUCAGCAGUAAUCCAGCUAAAGAUGUCAAUGAGAAUGAUUUCAUUGACGCUUCUAGACUGGUUUACGAUGGAGUUCGAGAGAUUCGUCGUGCUGUUUUAAUGAAUCGGGCUGAUGAGGAUUUAGAUCCUGAAGACGUUGAGCUCGAUGAGCAGUAUACACUAGAAACAAGGAGUAAGUCUAGUGCGCAAACUGGGGAGCAUGGAGUUGAUGAGUAUCCUGAGAUUAGUGGUAUUACAACAGCACGUGAGGCCAUGAGGAAAAUGACAGAGGAGGAUAAACAAAAGAUUUUGCAGCAGGUGGAGAAUUUCAGGAAUGAAAAGCUUAAGUUUGAUAGAGAAGUUGCUAAAUGGGAUGAUGCUGGUAACGAUAUCAUUGUCUUGGCGAAGCACAUGUGCAUGAUAAUGAUGGAAAUGACGGAUUUCACUAGGGGACGUGGACCUCUUAAAACUACGAUGGAUGUUAUUACAGCGGCGAAGAAAAUAUCAGAGGCUGGAACUAAGCUGGAUAAGCUGACGAGGCAAAUUGCUGAUCAGUGCCCAGAGAGCUCAACUAAGAAGGACUUGAUUGCCUAUCUUCAAAGGAUUGCGUUGUAUUGUCAUCAGAUGAAUAUUACAAGCAAGGUGAAGGCUGAUGUGCAGAACAUCAGUGGGGAGUUGAUUGUUUCGGGACUGGAUUCAGCUACUUCAUUGAUUCAAGCUGCUAAGAAUCUUAUGAAUGCUGUUGUACUUACUGUUAAGGCUUCUUAUGUCGCAUCUACCAAGUAUCCAAGACAAUCUACUGUUACUUCACCAAUUGUCGUAUGGAAGAUGAAAGCCCCAGAGAAGAAGCCCUUGGUGCGACCAGAACGACCUGAAGAAGUACGAGCAAAAGUUCGCAAGGGAUCUCAGAAAAAAGUUCAGAAUCCAAUUCAUGCACUCUCCGAGUUCCAGAGUCCAACUGAGAGUGUCUAAAUUGAAAAGUUCUAUUGGAAUCUUUAGAUAGUAAGACAAUUAAAAAAGAGAAGCUGUUGUUACUUCUCCUGUUUAUCAUUUUUUAAAGUAACAGCAAAAAAGCUUCUAAUUGGAAGGAAAAAAACUUUUUAUAAAUAUAUAUAUUAUCUUUUCAAUUUAAAAGUAAUUCAUACACUGCUCUAUUCAUAGUAUUUAAACAUUUACUUAAAAAAAAAAAAAAAUUAAUGGAAACAAUGAUUAGCAAUGUACAUAUAUAAGUGCGUUAUUUGUUUUAAUUUAUCAUUUUGAAAAAUGUCUAUGGGUUUGAAUAAGUGUUUUUCUAUGCAAAGAAAAAUUGAAUUGCAUCCUGGAAUUAUGUUAGACUUGGACAGUCAUUACAAUCAUGAGAAAUGAAAGGAAAAGAAUAAUUGCAGCAGGCCUAAUUGAUUUAUACAUUUUUCUACCGGGUUUUAUAUAAACAUUUGCUUUGAGAUAAUCACAUAUCAUUUUGUUAAUUCUAACCAUCAAUAUUACCUGUCUAUAUAAUGUAUUUCAUGUCGAAUGGAACCGGAAACAUUUUCAUUACAAUUGGUACAGGGUAAUCUGUCCUAUGCGCCACAAUAUUAAUAUUUUUAUUUCAAUAUUAAUACAGAUAUAAUAAAUGGUUUCAAUAACCAUUUACAAAUUGAAAAUUGAAUUGCUGAAUUAGUUAUUGUUACGCAUUACAAUGCCCUUUAAGGCAUUAAUAAAAAAAUUGGGAAAAUCAAACUCGUGGCGUAAUAUUGACAAUUGUAUGAGACCCUAGUGAUUGACAAAAAAAUACGUAGUGUACAUCGAUAUUGUAUGCAUAAAAUCCGAAUCAUUGAAGAAUAACAUAAAAAUCGUAGAAUAAACAUCCGAAAAUAGAAGACUAAUUAGCGAGAGAGUUUGUCAGCCAUUUGACAUUAUUGAUAAACAAUACUUGACAUAUUUGAAUCACGUUAUUAUUAUUUUCUCCAUUAUUUCUCCUACGAACAUGGGGUAAUGUGAAUAGAUGAUGAUAUUUAAUUUGAAGAUUAAUUGAAUAUAGUAAAUGUAAUCAAGCAUGAAUGCACAAUAUCUCCGUUAGCUUUUGGCUGCAUUAUUAACUGCACUGUAUUUCGACAUUUUAAUUUGCCUUCAACAAUAAUUUGUAUUAGCAGAAUUUUAAUAUGAUGUACGAGGAAACAAUAAUAUACUCAAAGGAAUAUUUGUUAUUGAUGAAUUAUAAGCUGCCAAAUACUAGAUUUUUUUUUCUGUAGUUCAUUCCAAUGGAGGAUUUAGUUAAUUAGCUGGUUCACCUGUAUUUUAUUAUACAACAAUUACAGUAUACUAGUAUUUGCAUCAUUUCAUUUGACAAUGUACGGUUAGUUGAAACCAAUGUUGUGGAGCGUGUUAUCAAUUGAUUUCGUGAUGUAGGUGUAAAUCGAAUUAUAAAAGCAAUGUAAUCAGAGUAGUUUGGAAAAUAAAAUUUUACACAUAAAUAUUUCGAUUCAAUGGGAUGAAAUUUUUUUGAGAAUUGUGUAUGAUGUGACUUUAUUUAACCGAUAAGACAGUAGUGGAAUUUCAAACCAUCCGCCAAGGAAAAAGUCCCUAGCCGUGCGAAGGGUGGGGAAAGCGCUAGUGAGUUUCAUGCGCAGCUCCCUUGCGCAGCUACUGUUGCUAGGCAGGCGCGCGCCGAGAGGCCUGACUGGGCUACGUGGCGUCAGUAUGCUCGGAGAUGGCGGCUGUACCGUAUAUCUGUGCUGGUGUUUUGCGUAUUUUGCCUAAUUUAUUUAAUAAAAUGUGGAGUUUAGAUUAUUAAAGUCUUUAAUUAAAUGGAAAUAGUUUCGGGGCGUGUAAUUAAUAUAGUGAAUAUUGUUUUUGAAAGUUUAAUAGUAAAUAGUGAAGGGAUUUGUGGGAAGUGAGCAUGAGGACGCUUGGGCGUGGCUCGUUGGUGAUGAGGCCUAAUUUGCUAAAUAAUUGGCCAAAUUCUUGCUAAAAAGACUGGUACAUUGUGCAUUGAGUGGAAUUUUGUAAAAUAAUAAAAUGCUAAAUGGACUGAAAAACGAGUAGCGUCUCCACAGAGCUGUGUGACGAAGGGAUGGUGCGGCGAGGGGGGCAGCCGUACGUGUUCGUGUUUUGUAAUGACGCCGAAUCUGUUAAAUAAUUGGUGAAA